AUGGAUCAAUAUGAUCAUGAGCUGGAUCCAUUCUCCAGCGAGAGCCUUUGGAGACUCUCAAAAUUCAGCAUAGAAGCUUUACAACCUUUGGAAUCCCUAGUGUGGAACACUACUUUGUCCACAGAUGAUCCUAUAUCUUGCUUAGAAUUACCCUCUCAACCUACAGAUAAAAUUGACACAGUAUGGAAGCUGAAUCUCUUUCCAAGUGGUUUGGAACCAUCCGCGUCAACUGCCGAGUCAAUCAUCAAUCCGUCUAUAGAUGGCUUGUCUGAUGUGUCAUGUGAUGAUGCAUUGAAAGAUGUAUCAAGCGAAGAGGACGAUAUUUGGUCUUUGAACCUUUUACAAGAAGACACUGGCCAUCCCAUUUCGCAGAAAUCGUGGGAGAAGUACCAGGACAAGUCAUGCUACGAACCAGUGUCUGCCUACUUUAGUGAAUCCGGGGCUAAGGGCUUCGAUGCAGCACUGGCACUACAAACAGCUACAACAGGACCUGAUACACCAAGCCGGAUGGUUCGGACAGAUGUGUUCGUUAAAUCACUGCUCCGUCUGGGGCUUGGCUGGAGCUCAGCCUUCUUUCGCUGGGAUCAGAACACCAACCAAUUCGAAAGAGAGAUAGCCAAUUUUCUGGUCUCCGGUAUUAGCUUACCGGCGUUGGAAAAUGUCGUUGGUUAUGUGUUACACAUUGGCACCGCUAUGCAUUAUAUGCGAUCGUUUGCGCAAGACCCACCAACCAAGUGCAGAGAGAUGUCUGCUCUAUUCACAUUAAGCAGUACAGUUGCAAUUAUUGUUUUCAACCUUGAGCAACAGAUUUCUGAUCAUUCAAAACACAUUUCCUCACUAUUGCAGAUCAAGGCCCUAUUCCACCGAUGUGGAGACUUGAUAGGUGCCUUAACUGCUAUUGUUGGCGCCGCACAAAGGGCCUUUUCCGAUGCGCAAGUCGUAUCGAUUGUCAUGGAACGUGCAGCUUUUUUCGCCCAGAGAUUUGGUUGGAUGGAGAACCUCCUGCAUGAAAUUGUCCUUCGAGUGACCCAACCGUGGUUCAAAUUCAUAGAGAGUUGGAUCGGUCUUCGAUCAGAGGAGACAGCACUCAAACAAGCCCUGGCUAGUGGCAGAACAUUUGUCCGACUGGAAAUUGAUGAGCCUGGCAAGUUCAAGACUGGACCGGCACGAGUCGACUACAUGUAUCAGUCGGACCACAUGCCAUCAUUCAUCCCGGCCGACCAAGCCCGCUCUAUCUUUGAAAGUGGGCGCAGUCUGCAGCUAUUGAAACAAUCUCAUCCUCAUCACCCUAUCGCGAGGCGUGAUGUGCUCAUUCGAACUGGUGGUCUUCAUCUGCAUUGUGCCACUAGCUGGGCUGACAUUGAGAAAAUUCAAACAAAAGCCCAAGAGUAUGAAGCCAGACUCCGCGUUGAAAUUAAGAGGUAUCACAACAGCGAUUCCACCGUGCAGGAUGUACCCGCAGAAAAUCUGGCCGAGAGUACAGCUCAAACAUUGGACACAGAAGUAACGAAGGCCACAUUUGAGCUUUUUGACAUAGACGACGAAAAACAUGCUCUGGGGCCAGUCACAGACCACACAGCCCUUUCAAAAGAUGCCUUCCGCCAAUUACUUGACAGUGCGCGUAAGCUUGAACCCGAUCACGUUGAUCAAACCAAUGCCCUCGGUCCCGAAUUGAUAGCCGGCCUCCAUCUUUCUCUUGCCCCAAUCCUUGCGUCUCAAGCACUUCUCAUUGAUUACUCGUGCCUCCACCAUCUCUUCAAAGGACAUCAACUCCGCCAUCACUUGAACAUGCAGUGGCGAUUCCAGCUGCUGGGAGAGGGCUCGUUCGUAGCCCGACUUUCCAAUUCACUUUUCGAUCCCGAAAUGGAGAGCGGAGAGCGAAGGGCUGGAAAGGUACGUAGUGGCGUGGACACCGGUCUACGGCUCGGUAGCCGCGAUACAUGGCCACCAGCUAGUUCAGAAUUGCGUCUUGUUUUGAUCGGUCUGCUUGGUGACUGCUAUUUUGGCAGUAAAGAUGCAGAUGACUCCGAGAAGGCCAACAUACGAAAGGAUAAUGAACUGCCAGGUGGUCUAAGCUUUGGAAUUCGAGAAUUGACAGACGAAGAAAUCGAGCUGUGCAGAAAUCCGAAUGCAAUAGAGGCACUGGACUUCCUUCGUUUGCAGUACACACCACCCAUGGUCCUUGAGUCAAUUAUCACCGCCCGAUCUCUGAACAAGUAUGAUCGCCUGUUCAAACACUUACUUCGGUUACUGCGGAUGGUUUCCGCUGUUAAAGGCCUCAUUCGUGAUUCUACUGUUCGAGGAUCUAUGUCCGGGGAUACGCGAAAUGUGUUCCAAAAGUUUAGGGUGGAUGCCCAGCAUUUUGUACUAGCGUUCAGCGAUUAUUGUUUCCAUAUUGGCAUCGGGUCAAUAUGGCAGCGAUUCCAAGAAACCCUGGCCAAUAUUGAGCAUUGUCUUGAUCGUGGGGACAUCGACGGUACCAUCGAAGCGGCACACUCGGUCCCGCGACUCCGCGACUAUCAUGAAGAUAUUCUUGAUCAGAUGUUGUUCGCUUUCUUCCUCACCAAGCGCCACGCACAGGCGGCGAAGUUGCUUGAAUCUAUUUUCGGUACCAUCCUUGCAUUCGGCCCUUUGUCAAGUGCAGAUGGAAAGGGAUUUCGUUGCGAAAGUGAAGGAGCUGUUCUACACUUGUAUCGGACUUUCAGGAAGCAGACCUCCGCAUUUGUCGGAUAUCUACGCAGCAUGGAAUCCGGAAAGGCUACUUCGAAAUCGAUGGCUAAAUCUGGGGCAUUCUUCUCUUCGCGGACUGAUCCUACCAGUGUCUUUGAGCAUUUGCAAGUGAGGUUAGACAUGAAGCAGUACUACUGA